UUGGACCUUGCCAGCAUGGGUGAUGGAGGAGAAGGAGAGGACGAGGUCCAGUUCCUCCGGACGGAUGAUGAGGUAGUCCUGCAAUGCAGUGCCACUGUACUCAAGGAACAGAUCAAACUCUGUCUGGCUGCAGAGGGUUUCGGCAAUCGCCUCUGCUUCCUGGAACCCACCAGCAAUGCGCAAAAUGUACCCCCUGAUCUGGCCAUCUGCUGCUUCAUCCUGGAGCAGUCCUUGUCGGUUCGAGCCUUGCAGGAGAUGCUGGCCAACACUGUGGAGGCUGGUGUGGAGUCAUCCCAGGGUGGGGGACACAGGACACUCCUAUACGGCCAUGCCAUCCUGCUACGGCAUGCACACAGCCGCAUGUACUUGAGUUGCCUGACUACCUCCCGCUCCAUGACUGACAAGUUGGCUUUCGACGUGGGACUGCAGGAGGAUGCAACAGGAGAGGCUUGUUGGUGGACAAUGCACCCAGCCUCUAAGCAGAGGUCUGAAGGAGAGAAGGUUCGUGUUGGGGAUGACCUCAUCCUUGUCAGUGUCUCCUCUGAGCGCUACCUGCACUUGUCAACUGCCAGUGGGGAACUUCAGGUUGAUGCCUCCUUCAUGCAGACAUUGUGGAACAUGAAUCCUAUCUGCUCCUGCUGUGAAGAGGGCUAUGUGACAGGAGGCCAUGUUCUCCGCCUCUUUCAUGGGCACAUGGAUGAGUGUCUGACCAUUUCCCCUUCAGACAGUGAUGACCAGCGCAGACUUGUCUACUAUGAGGGAGGAUCUGUAUGCACCCAUGCCCGUUCUCUCUGGAGGCUGGAGCCACUGAGAAUAAGCUGGAGUGGGAGCCACUUGCGUUGGGGUCAACCACUGCGAAUCCGGCAUGUGACCACUGGGCGGUACCUGGCACUCACCGAGGACCAAGGUUUGGUGGUAGUUGAUGCUAGCAAGGCCCACACCAAGGGGACUUCCUUCUGCUUCCGUAUCUCCAAGGAGAAGCUGGAUGUGGCACCCAAGAGGGAUGUGGAAGGCAUGGGACCACCUGAGAUCAAGUAUGGGGAGUCAUUGUGCUUUGUGCAGCAUGUGGCCUCAGGUCUGUGGCUCACUUAUGCCGCCCCGGACCCCAAGGCCCUGAGGCUUGGCGUGCUCAAGAAGAAGGCUAUGCUGCACCAAGAAGGCCACAUGGAUGAUGCGCUGUCACUAACCCGCUGCCAGCAGGAGGAGUCUCAGGCUGCCCGCAUGAUUUACAGCACUGCUGGCCUGUACAACCAGUUCAUCAAGGGCCUUGAUAGUUUCAGCGGGAAACCGCGGGGCUCGGGGCAGCCGUCGGGCUCUGCGCUGCCCAUCGAGGGCGUCAUCCUGAGCCUGCAGGACCUGAUUGGUUACUUCGAGCCUCCCUCCGAGGAGCUGCAGCACGAGGAGAAGCAGACCAAGCUGCGCAGCCUGCGCAACCGCCAGAGUCUCUUUCAGGAGGAGGGAAUGCUCUCCUUGGUCCUGAAUUGCAUCGACCGCCUAAAUGUCUACACCACUGCCGCUCACUUUGCUGAAUUUGCAGGGGAAGAGGCAGCUGAGUCCUGGAAAGAGAUUGUAAACCUUCUCUAUGAACUGUUGGCUUCUCUGAUUCGUGGUAAUCGCACCAAUUGUGCCCUCUUCUCCACAAACCUGGACUGGCUGGUCAGCAAGCUGGAUCGGCUGGAGGCUUCAUCUGGGAUACUGGAGGUGUUGUACUGUGUUCUGAUCGAGAGUCCUGAGGUCCUAAAUAUCAUCCAAGAGAACCAUAUAAAAUCCAUCAUCUCCCUCCUGGACAAGCAUGGGCGGAAUCAUAAGGUCCUGGAUGUGCUAUGCUCCCUGUGUGUGUGCAAUGGUGUGGCCGUGCGCUCCAACCAAGACCUCAUUACUGAGAACUUGCUUCCUGGCCGUGAACUUCUACUGCAGACAAACCUCAUCAACUAUGUCACCAGCAUACGCCCCAACAUCUUUGUGGGCCGAGCAGAGGGCUCCACACAGUACGGCAAAUGGUACUUUGAGAUGAUGGUGGACGAGGUGGCUCCAUUUUUGACAGCUCAGGCCACACACCUACGGGUGGGCUGGGCCCUCAGCGAGGGCUAUAGCCCCUACCCUGGUGGUGGCGAGGGCUGGGGCGGCAACGGUGUCGGCGAUGAUCUGUAUUCCUAUGGCUUUGAUGGGCUGCAUCUCUGGACAGGACAUGUGGCACGUCCAGUGACUUCUCCAGGACAGCAUCUCCUGGCUCAGGAGGAUGUAGUCAGUUGCUGCUUGGACCUCAGUGUGCCAUCCAUCUCUUUCCGUAUCAACGGCUAUCCUGUGCAGGGUGUCUUUGAGGCCUUCAACCUUGAUGGACUCUUCUUCCCUGUUGUCAGCUUCUCAGCUGGUAUCAAGGUGCGAUUUCUCCUAGGUGGCCGCCAUGGUGAAUUCAAGUUCCUUCCACCACCUGGCUAUGCCCCAUGCCAUGAGGCUGUGCUCCCUCGGGAGAGGCUUCACCUUGAACCCAUCAAAGAAUACCGUCGGGAAGGACCUCGGGGCCCCCAUUUAGUGGGCCCUAGUCGCUGCCUGUCACACACGGACUUUGUACCCUGCCCUGUGGACACCGUCCAGAUUGUCCUGCCUCCCCAUCUGGAGCGCAUUCGGGAGAAGCUGGCAGAAAACAUUCAUGAACUUUGGGCACUGACUCGCAUUGAGCAAGGAUGGACCUAUGGCCCAGUUCGGGAUGACAACAAGAGGCUGCAUCCAUGUCUUGUGGAUUUCCAUAGCCUUCCGGAACCUGAGAGGAAUUACAACCUGCAGAUGUCUGGGGAGACACUCAAAACUUUGCUGGCCCUGGGCUGCCAUGUGGGCAUGGCUGAUGAGAAGGCAGAGGAUAACCUGAAGAAGACAAAACUUCCUAAGACGUACAUGAUGAGCAAUGGGUAUAAGCCAGCUCCACUGGACCUGAGCCACGUGCGGCUGACUCCAGCGCAGACAACACUAGUGGAUCGCCUGGCAGAGAAUGGGCACAAUGUGUGGGCAAGAGAUCGUGUGGCCCAGGGCUGGAGCUAUAGUGCUGUGCAGGACAUCCCUGCACGCAGAAAUCCUCGCUUAGUGCCCUACCGCUUGCUAGAUGAGGCCACCAAACGUAGCAACCGGGAUAGCCUCUGCCAGGCUGUGCGUACCCUGCUGGGCUAUGGCUAUAACAUUGAGCCACCUGACCAGGAGCCCAGUCAGGUAGACAGUCAGUCUCGUGGGGACCGGGUGCGCAUCUUCCGAGCAGAAAAAUCCUAUGCAGUACAGAGCGGCCGCUGGUACUUUGAAUUUGAAGCAGUCACCACAGGAGAGAUGCGAGUGGGCUGGGCAAGACCUGAACUUCAGCCUGACAUAGAGCUGGGAGCUGAUGAUUUGGCCUAUGUCUUCAAUGGGCACCGUGGCCAGCGCUGGCACUUGGGCAGUGAACCAUUUGGGCGUCCUUGGCAGUCAGGCGAUGUCGUUGGCUGCAUGAUUGAUCUCAUGGAAAACAACAUUAUUUUCACCCUCAAUGGGGAGAUCCUCAUGUCCGACUCAGGCUCUGAGACAGCAUUCCGGGAGAUUGAGAUUGGGGAUGGAUUUCUGCCUGUCUGCAGCCUGGGACCUGGCCAGGUGGGUCACUUGAACCUGGGCCAGGAUGUGAGCUCCCUGCGGUAUUUUGCCAUCUGUGGUCUACAGGAAGGCUUUGAGCCAUUUGCCAUAAACAUGCAGCGUCCAGUCACCACUUGGUUCAGCAAGAGCCUUCCCCAGUUUGAGCCUGUGCCUCUUGAGCACCCUCACUAUGAGGUGGCCCGCAUGGAUGGCACUGUGGAUACGCCCCCGUGUCUGCGCCUGACCCACCGCACCUGGGGCUCCCAGAACAGUCUGGUAGAGAUGCUGUUUCUCCGUCUGAGCCUUCCGGUCCAAUUCCACCAACAUUUCCGCUGCACAGCAGGAGCAACACCUCUGGCGCCCCCUGGCCUGCAGCCACCAGCGGAAGAUGAAGCCCGGGCAGCAGAACCAGAUCCAGAUUACGAAAACCUACGCCGCUCAGCUGGGUGCUGGGGAGAGGCUGAAGUGGGCAAGGAAGGAACUGCCAAGGAGGGAGCGCCUGGGGGCAACUCCCAGGCUGGGGUGGAGGUCCAGCCGGCCAGAGCAGAAAAUGAGAAGGAUGCUACCACAGAGAAGAAUAAGAAGAGAGGGUUCUUAUUUAAAGCUAAGAAGGUUGCCAUGAUGACUCAACCCCCUACAACUCCGACUUUGCCUCGACUUCCUCGAGAUGUGGUACCUGCAGACAACCGCGAUGACCCUGAGAUCAUUCUCAACACCACCACGUACUAUUACUCCGUGAGGAUCUUUGCAGGUCAGGAGCCCAGCUGCGUGUGGGUGGGCUGGGUCACCCCUGACUAUCAUCAGCAUGACAUGAACUUCGACCUCAGCAAGGUCCGGGCAGUGACAGUGACCAUGGGGGACGAACAAGGCAAUGUCCAUAGCAGCCUCAAGUGCAGCAACUGCUACAUGGUGUGGGGUGGGGACUUCAUAAACCCCGGACAGCAAGGCCGGAUAAGCCAUACAGACCUUGUCAUUGGUUGUCUGGUGGACUUGGCUACUGGCUUAAUGACCUUUACAGCCAAUGGCAAAGAGAGCAACACCUUUUUCCAGGUCGAACCUAAUACAAAGCUGUUUCCUGCUGUUUUUGUCCUGCCUACCCACCAGAAUGUCAUCCAGUUUGAGUUGGGGAAGCAGAAGAACAUCAUGCCACUGUCAGCUGCCAUGUUCCUGAGUGAGCGCAAGAACCCGGCCCCGCAGUGCCCACCACGGCUGGAGGUGCAGAUGCUGAUGCCAGUCUCCUGGAGCCGCAUGCCCAACCACUUCCUGCAGGUGGAGACACGGCGUGCCGGCGAGCGGCUAGGCUGGGCAGUGCAGUGCCAGGAGCCACUGACAAUGAUGGCGCUUCACAUCCCAGAGGAGAACAGGUGUAUGGACAUCCUGGAGCUGUCAGAACGCCUGGACUUACAAUGCUUCCACUCACACACCCUCUCCCUCUACCGUGCAGUGUGUGCCCUAGGCAACAAUCGUGUGGCACAUGCUCUGUGCAGCCAUGUGGACCAGGCACAGCUAUUGCAUGCACUGGAGGAUGCACACCUGCCAGGUGCUUUGCGCGCAGGCUACUAUGACCUCCUCAUCAGCAUUCACCUGGAAAGUGCCUGCCGCAGCCGUCGUUCCAUGCUCUCGGAAUACAUUGUGCCCCUCACGCCAGAGACACGUACCAUCACACUCUUCCCACCUGGAAGAAGCUCUGAAGAUGGGCCCCGCCGCCAUGGCCUGCCUGGUGUUGGAGUCACAACUUCCCUGAGACCUCCACACCAUUUCUCACCCCCAUGUUUUGUGGCUGCCCUGCCAGCUGCUGGGGUGGCAGAAGCUCCAGCUCGACUCAGCCCUGCCAUCCCUCUAGAGGCCCUUCGGGAUAAGGCAUUGAGAAUGCUGGGGGAGGCAGUGAGAGAUGGCGGGCAGCAUGCUCGAGACCCUGUCGGGGGCUCUGUGGAGUUCCAGUUCGUGCCUGUGCUCAAGCUUGUGUCCACUCUGCUGGUGAUGGGUGUCUUUAGCGAUGAGGAUGUGAAACAAAUAUUGAAGAUGAUUGAACCUGAAGUCUUCACUGAGAAAGAAGAUUUAGAAGAGGAGGAAGAAGAAGAGGAAGAAGAAGAUGAGGAGGAGAAGGAGAAAGAUGAAGAAGAAGGACAAGAGAAGGAAGAUGAAGAAAAAGAGGAAGAGGAGGCAGCAGAAGGGGAGAAAGAAGAAUUGGAAGAGGGACUGCUUCAGAUGAAGCUGCCAGAGUCUGUGAAGUUACAGAUGUGCCACCUUUUGGAAUAUUUUUGCGACCAAGAGCUGCAGCACCGUGUGGAGUCCCUGGCAGCCUUUGCAGAGCGCUAUGUGGACAAGCUUCAGGCCAACCAGCGGGGCCGCUAUGGCCUCCUUAUGAAAGCCUUCACCAUGAGUGCAGCUGAGACUGCGCGACGUACCCGAGAAUUCCGCUCCCCCCCUCAGGAACAGAUCAACAUGCUAUUGCACUUCAAACAUGGUGCAGAUGAGGAAGAUUGUCCUCUCCCUGAAGAGAUCAGACAGGAUCUGGUGAACUUUCAUCAAGACCUUCUGGCACACUGUGGAAUCCAGCUAGAGGGGGAGGAGGAGGAGCCAGAGGAAGAGACCACCCUGGGCAGCCGCCUGAUGAGCCUGUUAGAGAAAGUACGGCUAGUGAAGAAGGAGGAGAAACCUGAGGAGGAGCCAACAGAUGAGGAGCCCAAACCUCAGUCCCUGCAAGAGUUGGUGUCACAUACUGUGGUGCGCUGGGCCCAAGAGGACUUUGUGCAGAGCCCGGAGCUGGUGCGGGCCAUGUUCAGCCUCUUGCACCGGCAGUAUGAUGGACUUGGGGAGCUGCUGCGGGCCUUGCCCCGGACCUACACCAUCUCGGUGUCUUCAGUGGAGGACACCAUGAGCCUAUUGGAGUGCCUUGGCCAGAUCCGCUCACUGCUCAUUGUGCAGAUGGGUCCCCAGGAGGAGAACCUCAUGAUCCAGAGCAUUGGGAACAUCAUGAAUAACAAAGUAUUCUACCAACACCCAAACCUCAUGAGGGCACUAGGCAUGCAUGAGACAGUCAUGGAGGUCAUGGUGAACGUCCUUGGGGGUGGAGAGUCCAAGGAGAUCCGCUUUCCCAAGAUGGUGACAAGUUGUUGCCGCUUCCUCUGCUACUUCUGCCGCAUCAGCAGGCAGAACCAGCGUUCCAUGUUUGACCAUCUGAGCUACCUGCUAGAGAACAGUGGCAUUGGCCUGGGCAUGCAGGGCUCCACACCAUUGGAUGUGGCAGCUGCUUCUGUCAUUGACAAUAAUGAGCUGGCCUUGGCAUUGCAAGAGCAAGACUUGGAAAAGGUCGUGUCAUACCUGGCAGGUUGUGGCCUGCAAAGCUGCCCCAUGCUCUUGGCCAAGGGGUAUCCAGAUAUUGGCUGGAACCCCUGUGGGGGUGAGCGCUACCUGGAUUUCUUACGCUUUGCUGUUUUCGUCAAUGGUGAGAGCGUGGAGGAGAAUGCUAAUGUGGUGGUGAGGCUGCUGAUCCGAAAGCCUGAGUGCUUUGGGCCUGCCCUGCGGGGUGAGGGUGGCUCAGGCCUGCUGGCUGCCAUGGAAGAGGCCAUCCGUAUCUCUGAAGACCCUGCACGGGAUGGCCCAGGUGUCCGUAGGGACCGGCGGCGUGAGCACUUCGGUGAAGAGCCCCCUGAAGAAAACCGGGUGCACCUGGGACAUGCAAUCAUGUCCUUCUAUGCUGCUUUGAUCGAUCUGCUGGGACGCUGUGCGCCGGAGAUGCAUCUAAUUCAAGCUGGCAAGGGUGAGGCCCUGAGGAUCCGAGCCAUCCUGAGAUCCCUUGUGCCCUUGGAUGAUCUUGUGGGCAUCAUCAGCCUCCCACUGCAGAUUCCCACCUUGGGCAAAGACAGUGCACUGGUACAGCCAAAAAUGUCUGCAUCCUUCGUGCCGGACCACAAGGCAUCCAUGGUGCUUUUCCUGGACCGUGUGUAUGGCAUUGAGAACCAGGACUUCUUGCUGCAUGUUCUGGAUGUGGGUUUCCUUCCUGAUAUGAGGGCAGCUGCCUCAUUGGACACGGCUACUUUCAGCACCACAGAGAUGGCAUUGGCACUGAACCGCUACCUGUGCCUGGCGGUCCUCCCGCUCAUCACAAAGUGCGCUCCGCUCUUCGCGGGCACUGAGCACCGCGCCAUCAUGGUGGACUCCAUGCUACACACUGUGUACCGCCUGUCGCGAGGACGCUCGCUCACUAAGGCACAGCGCGAUGUCAUCGAGGACUGCCUCAUGGCACUAUGCAGGUACAUCCGCCCUUCCAUGCUGCAGCACCUACUGCGGCGCUUGGUGUUCGAUGUGCCCAUCCUUAAUGAGUUUGCCAAGAUGCCACUCAAGCUCCUCACCAAUCACUAUGAGCGCUGCUGGAAAUACUACUGCCUCCCUACUGGCUGGGCCAACUUUGGGGUCACCUCUGAAGAAGAGCUGCAUCUCACACGCAAACUCUUUUGGGGCAUCUUUGACUCUCUGGCACAUAAGAAAUAUGACCAGGAGCUUUACCGCAUAGCCAUGCCUUGUCUGUGUGCCAUCGCGGGGGCCCUGCCUCCUGACUAUGUGGAUGCCUCAUACUCAUCCAAGGCAGAGAAAAAGGCCACAGUGGAUGCUGAAGGCAACUUUGAUCCAAGGCCUGUGGAGACUCUUAAUGUGAUCAUCCCUGAGAAGCUGGAUUCUUUUAUUAACAAGUUUGCAGAAUACACACAUGAGAAGUGGGCUUUCGACAAGAUCCAGAACAAUUGGUCCUAUGGUGAGAAUAUAGAUGAAGAACUGAAGACCCACCCCAUGCUGAGACCCUACAAGACCUUUUCAGAGAAGGACAAAGAGAUUUACCGUUGGCCCAUUAAGGAGUCCUUGAAGGCCAUGAUUGCUUGGGAAUGGACUAUAGAGAAGGCCAGGGAAGGAGAGGAGGAGAAGACAGAGAAAAAGAAAACACGGAAGAUAUCUCAAACUGCUCAGACCUACGACCCUCGAGAAGGAUAUAACCCCCAACCUCCUGACCUCAGUGGAGUUACCUUGUCCCGGGAGUUACAAGCCAUGGCAGAACAACUGGCGGAAAAUUACCACAAUACAUGGGGUCGGAAGAAGAAGCAAGAGCUGGAAGCCAAGGGGGGUGGGUCCCAUCCCCUGCUGGUCCCCUAUGAUACGCUCACUGCCAAGGAGAAGGCCCGAGACCGAGAGAAGGCUCAAGAGCUGCUAAAGUUCCUGCAAAUGAAUGGCUAUGCAGUCACCAGAGGCCUUAAGGACAUGGAGCUGGAUACAUCUUCCAUUGAGAAGCGGUUUGCCUUUGGCUUCUUACAGCAGCUAUUGCGUUGGAUGGACAUUUCCCAGGAGUUCAUCGCCCACUUGGAGGCUGUGGUCAGCAGUGGACGAGUGGAGAAGUCUCCUCAUGAACAAGAGAUUAAAUUCUUUGCUAAGAUUCUUCUCCCUUUGAUCAACCAGUAUUUCACCAACCACUGCCUCUACUUCCUGUCCACACCAGCCAAAGUGCUGGGUAGUGGUGGCCAUGCCUCUAACAAAGAGAAGGAAAUGAUUACCAGCCUCUUCUGCAAACUUGCUGCUCUUGUCCGUCAUCGAGUCUCUCUUUUUGGAACGGAUGCCUCAGCUGUGAUAAACUGUCUUCACAUCUUGGCACGCUCCCUGGAUGCCAGGACAGUGAUGAAGUCAGGCCCUGAGAUUGUAAAGGCUGGCCUCCGCUCCUUCUUCGAGAGUGCCUCAGAGGACAUUGAGAAGAUGGUAGAGAACCUGCGCCUAGGCAAGGUGUCCCAGGCACGCACGCAAGUGAAGGGGGUAGGCCAGAACAUCGCCUAUACCACAGUGGCCCUGCUGCCGGUCCUCACCACGCUCUUCCAGCACAUUGCCCAGCACCAGUUCGGAGAUGAUGUCAUCUUGGAUGACGUACAAGUCUCUUGCUACCGAACGCUGUGCAGUAUCUACUCUCUUGGAACCACCAGGAACCCUUACGUGGAAAAGCUGAGGCCAGCCCUUGGGGAGUGCCUGGCCCGACUGGCCGCAGCCAUGCCGGUGGCAUUCCUGGAGCCCCAGCUAAAUGAAUACAACGCCUGCUCUGUGUACACCACCAAGUCUCCCCGGGAGCGGGCCAUCCUGGGGCUUCCCAACAGUGUGGAGGAGAUGUGUCCUGACAUCCCAGUACUAGAGCGGCUCAUGGCAGAAAUUGGGGGGCUGGCUGAGUCAGGGGCCCGCUACACAGAGAUGCCACAUGUCAUCGAGAUCACGCUACCCAUGCUGUGCAGCUACCUGCCUCGCUGGUGGGAGCGUGGGCCUGAGGCACCUCCACCGGCCCUGCCUGUUGGUGCCCCUCCUCCCUGCACAGCCGUCACCUCUGACCACCUCAACUCUCUGCUGGGAAACAUCCUGCGAAUCAUCGUCAACAACCUGGGCAUUGAUGAGGCCUCUUGGAUGAAGCGGCUGGCUGUGUUUGCUCAGCCCAUUGUGAGCCGGGCUAGGCCAGAGCUCCUACGUUCACAUUUCAUCCCUACCAUCGGGCGUCUGCGCAAGCGUGCUGGGAAGGUCGUGGCUGAGGAAGAACAGCUACGUCUGGAGGCCAAGGCAGAAGCUGAGGAGGGUGAACUUCUGGUGAGAGAUGAGUUCUCUGUGCUCUGCCGGGACCUGUAUGCCCUCUACCCACUGCUCAUCCGCUAUGUGGACAACAACAGGGCACACUGGCUGACAGAGCCCAAUCCCAAUGCAGAGGAGCUGUUCAGGAUGGUAGGAGAGAUCUUCAUCUACUGGUCCAAGUCCCAUAAUUUUAAGCGUGAAGAGCAGAACUUUGUGGUCCAGAAUGAGAUCAAUAACAUGUCCUUUCUGACUGCUGACAACAAGAGCAAAAUGGCCAAGUCAGGUGGCUCAGACCAGGAACGUACAAAGAAGAAACGCCGGGGAGACCGGUACUCUGUGCAGACAUCGCUGAUUGUGGCCACCCUCAAGAAGAUGCUGCCUAUCGGCCUGAACAUGUGUGCCCCCACCGACCAGGACCUCAUCGUGUUGGCCAAGGCCCGCUAUGCCUUGAAAGACACAGAUGAGGAGGUCCGGGAAUUCCUGCAAAACAACCUUAACCUUCAGGGAAAGGUGGAAGGUUCCCCAUCUCUGCGCUGGCAGAUGGCUCUGUACCGCGGUGUCCCUGGCCGUGAGGAGGAUGCAGAUGACCCUGAGAAAAUCGUGCAUAGAGUCCAGGAAGUGUCUGCAGUGCUCUAUCACCUGGACCAGACUGAACACCCUUACAAGUCUAAGAAGGCUGUGUGGCAUAAGCUGUUGUCCAAGCAACGCCGACGUGCAGUGGUGGCCUGUUUCCGCAUGACACCCCUGUACAACCUGCCUACACACCGGGCAUGUAACAUGUUUCUGGAGAGCUACAAGGCCUCCUGGAUCCUGACCGAGGACCACAGCUUUGAGGAUCGCAUGAUAGAUGACCUUUCAAAAGCUGGGGAACAGGAGGAAGAAGAGGAAGAAAUGGAGGAGAAGAAGCCAGAUCCCCUUCACCAGCUGGUCCUGCACUUCAGUCGCACUGCUCUGACUGAAAAGAGCAAAUUGGAUGAGGAUUACCUAUACAUGGCCUACGCUGACAUCAUGGCAAAGAGCUGCCACCUGGAGGAGGGAGCAGAAAAUGGCAAACAUGAAGAAGAGGAGGUGGAGGUGUCAUUUGAGGAGAAAGAGAUGGAGAAGCAGAGGCUGCUAUACCAACAGUCACGGCUACACACCCGGGGGGCUGCAGAGAUGGUGCUGCAGAUGAUCAGUGCCUGCAAAGGAGAAACAGGUGCCAUGGUAUCCUCCACCCUGAAGCUGGGUAUUUCCAUCCUCAAUGGAGGCAAUACUGAGGUGCAACAGAAAAUGCUUGAUUAUCUGAAGGACAAGAAGGAAGUGGGAUUUUUCCAGAGUAUCCAGGCACUGAUGCAAACAUGCAGUGUCCUGGACCUCAAUGCCUUUGAGAGGCAAAACAAGGCGGAGGGGCUGGGCAUGGUGAAUGAAGAUGGCACUGUCAUCAAUCGCCAGAACGGGGAGAAGGUCAUGGCAGAUGAUGAAUUCACACAAGACCUGUUCCGCUUCCUGCAACUGCUUUGUGAGGGGCACAAUAAUGAUUUCCAAAAUUACCUAAGGACACAGACAGGGAACACAACUACUAUUAACAUCAUCAUCUGCACGGUGGACUACCUCCUGCGGCUGCAGGAAUCCAUCAGUGACUUCUACUGGUACUACUCUGGCAAGGAUGUUAUUGAGGAACAGGGUAAGAGGAACUUCUCCAAGGCCAUGUCAGUGGCUAAACAAGUGUUCAACAGCCUCACUGAGUACAUCCAGGGUCCCUGCACUGGGAACCAGCAGAGCCUGUUGCACAGCCGCCUCUGGGACGCCGUUGUAGGGUUCUUGCACGUGUUUGCCCACAUGAUGAUGAAGCUGGCUCAGGACUCAAGCCAGAUUGAGCUGUUGAAGGAGUUGCUGGAUCUACAAAAGGACAUGGUGGUGAUGCUGCUGUCACUGCUGGAAGGGAACGUGGUGAAUGGCAUGAUUGCCCGGCAGAUGGUGGAUAUGCUCGUGGAGUCUUCAUCCAAUGUGGAGAUGAUCCUCAAGUUCUUUGACAUGUUCCUGAAACUCAAGGACAUUGUGGGCUCUGAGGCCUUCCAGGACUACGUUACAGAUCCCCGAGGCCUCAUUUCCAAAAAGGACUUCCAGAAGGCCAUGGACAGCCAGAAACAGUUCACUGGCCCAGAGAUCCAGUUUCUGCUUUCGUGCUCGGAAGCAGAUGAGAAUGAGAUGAUCAAUUGUGAAGAAUUUGCGAAUCGCUUCCAGGAGCCAGCACGAGAUAUCGGCUUUAACGUGGCAGUGCUGUUGACAAACUUGUCAGAGCAUGUGCCACACGACCCACGCUUGCGCAAUUUCCUGGAGCUGGCCGAGAGCAUCCUGGAGUACUUCCGGCCCUACCUGGGUCGUAUUGAAAUUAUGGGCUCAUCACGCCGCAUUGAGCGGAUCUACUUUGAGAUCUCAGAAACCAACCGCGCCCAAUGGGAGAUGCCCCAGGUGAAGGAGUCCAAGAGACAGUUCAUCUUCGACGUGGUGAACGAGGGCGGCGAGUCAGAGAAGAUGGAGCUGUUUGUAAGUUUCUGUGAGGACACGAUCUUUGAGAUGCAGAUCGCAGCGCAGAUCUCGGAACCCGAGGGCGAGCCGGAGGAGGACGAAGACGAGGGCGCAGAGGCCGAAGGCGCGGAGGAGAGCGCUGCGGGCGCCGAGGGCACUGCGGGCGCGGGCAUGUCGACUCGGCUGACUGCGGCGGCUGCUCGAGCACUGCGGGGCCUCAGCUACCGCAGCUUACGGCGGCGCCUGCGGCGGCUGCGGCGGCUGACUGCGCGGGAGGCGGCCACCGCAGUGGCCGCUCUGCUCUGGGCGGUAGUGGCGAGGGCCGGGGGCGCGGGCGCUGGGGUGGCGGCGGGUACCAUGCGCCUACUCUGGGGCUCGCUCUUCGGCGGCGGCCUGGUGGACAGUGCCAAGAAAGUGACCGUGACCGAGCUCCUGGCGGGUAUGCCCGACCCCACCGGCGACGAGGUGCAUGGACAGCAGGCGAGCGGGCCGGGCGGUGAUGUUGAUGGUGAGGGUGCGGGCGAAGGUGAAGGCAGCGCCACGGAGGGCGCGGGUGAUGAGGAGACCACUGCGGAUGAGGCUGGCACUGGAGAUGCCGACGGGGCAGUGGCCGUAGCGGAUGGGAGCCCCUUCAGGCCUGAAGGGGCUGGCGGUCUUGGGGACAUGGGCGACACGACGCCAGUGGAACCGCCCACUCCCGAGGGAUCACCCAUCCUCAAGAGGAAGCUGGGGGUGGAUGGAGAAGAAGAAGAACUGCCUCCAGAACCAGAGCCUGAACCAGAACCUGAGAAAGCAGAUAUUGAGAAUGGGGAAAAGGAAGAAGUUCCUGAACCCCCUUCAGAGCCACCCAAGAAGACAUCACCUCCUUCACUCCCUCCAAAGAAGGAGGAAGCUGGAAGUGCUGGCCUGGAAUUCUGGGGGGAACUGGAAGUGCAGAGGGUGAAAUUCUUGAACUACCUGUCCCGGAACUUUUAUACUCUGCGAUUCCUUGCCCUCUUCUUGGCAUUUGCCAUCAACUUCAUCUUGCUGUUUUAUAAGGUCUCAGACUCUCCACCAGGGAAGGAUGACAUGGAGGGCUCCGCAGUUGGUGACAUGUCUGGGGCAGGGUCUGGUGGCAGCUCUGGCUGGGGUUCUGGGGAUGGUGAGGAGGCAGAUGGUGAUGAAGAUGAGAACAUGGUAUACUACUUCCUGGAAGAGAGCACAGGUUACAUGGAACCUGCCCUGCGGUGUUUGAGCCUGCUGCAUACUCUGGUGGCCUUCCUCUGCAUCAUCGGCUACAACUGUCUCAAGGUACCCCUGGUGAUUUUUAAGCGGGAGAAGGAGCUGGCUCGGAAACUGGAGUUUGAUGGCCUCUACAUCACAGAGCAGCCUGAGGAUGAUGAUGUGAAGGGACAGUGGGACCGCCUGGUGCUCAACACACCGUCUUUCCCCAGCAACUACUGGGACAAGUUUGUCAAGCGAAAGGUCCUGGACAAACAUGGGGAUAUCUUCGGGCGGGAGCGAAUUGCCGAGCUGCUGGGCAUGGAUCUAGCCUCUCUGGAAAUCACAGCUCACAUUGAGCGCAAGCCAGACCCUCCACCAGGCCUGCUGACAUGGCUCAUGUCCAUUGAUGUCAAGUACCAGAUCUGGAAGUUUGGGGUCAUCUUCACAGACAACUCUUUCCUAUAUCUGGGCUGGUACAUGGUGAUGUCCCUCCUGGGACACUACAACAACUUCUUCUUUGCUGCCCACCUUCUGGACAUCGCCAUGGGGGUCAAGACGCUGCGCACCAUCCUCUCGUCUGUCACCCACAAUGGGAAGCAGCUGGUGAUGACUGUAGGCCUCCUGGCUGUAGUGGUCUACCUGUACACUGUAGUAGCCUUCAAUUUCUUCCGCAAGUUCUACAACAAGAGUGAGGAUGAGGAUGAACCUGACAUGAAGUGUGAUGACAUGAUGACGUGUUACCUGUUUCACAUGUAUGUGGGCGUCCGGGCCGGUGGAGGCAUUGGGGAUGAGAUUGAGGACCCAGCAGGUGAUGAAUAUGAGCUUUACCGGGUGGUCUUUGACAUCACCUUCUUCUUCUUCGUGAUCGUCAUCCUGUUGGCCAUCAUCCAAGGUCUGAUUAUUGAUGCUUUCGGGGAGCUCCGAGACCAACAAGAGCAAGUGAAGGAGGAUAUGGAGACCAAGUGCUUCAUUUGUGGAAUAGGCAGCGACUACUUUGAUACGACCCCACACGGGUUUGAGACACAUACGCUAGAAGAACACAACCUGGCUAAUUACAUGUUUUUCCUCAUGUAUUUGAUAAACAAGGAUGAGACAGAACACACUGGUCAGGAGUCUUAUGUCUGGAAGAUGUACCAAGAGAGAUGUUGGGAUUUCUUCCCUGCUGGUGACUGUUUCCGCAAGCAAUAUGAGGAUCAGCUUAGCUGAGGCACCCCAGCUGGUCCUCCCCCACCUCAAGUGCCUUAUUCUCACUGCAAGUCUUUCAGCUCCCUUCCCUUUCCACAAGCAGCUGGGAGACAGAUGACUUGUACUGAACAAAUAAAGUCUGUGCUAUGCCCCUUGCAA